AGAUGGACCGAGAGCAAAGAAAUAAACAACACUCUGGGCUAUUGCACAACAGAAACAGCUGGAUAGAAGAGGCACAAAGUGGGCUGGGUCGUCCCCCGCGACAGAAGCAGAUAAAAAGUAAAGAAAGUUCUAGUGGCACAGAGAGAACGCGAUUUGUUUUGAAGAACCGAUUUCAGUGUUCCAGUUAAGGGCUUUUUGUGACGUUCUUCCCAGACUGAACAGGGGCUGAUGGAGUCUGUUCAACAGCUAGUGGAGCACGAUGUGGAGACCCAGUAUGGCAAGCUCCACUGCACCAUGAAAGGGGUCCCAAAGAGGAACCGGCCUGUCAUCCUUACCCUCCACGACAUCGGACUGAACCACAAGUCCUGCUUCAACCCCCUCUUCAACCAUGAGGACAUGCAGGAGAUCAUGCGUCACUUCGCUGUGUGCCACGUGGAUGCCCCAGGGCAGCAGGAGGGUGCUGCCAGCCUCUCCACAGGGUACAACUACCCCUCCAUGGACCAGCUGUCCGAGUCUCUCGUGUCGGUCCUCAAGCAUUUCGGACUGAGCAGCAUCAUCGGGGUAGCGGUCGGUGCCGGGGCCUACAUGCUGGCUAAAUUUGCUCUGCACCACCCGGACCUGGUGGAGGGCCUGGUUCUGAUCAACAUCAACGCCUGUGCUGAGGGCUGGAUGGACUGGGCUGCAUACAAGAUCACCGGUUGGGCUCAAGCAUUGCCUGAGAUGGUCAUCACACACCUGUUUGGAAAGGAGGAGAUCCACAACAACCACGAGGUUAUCCAGACCUUCCGUCACCACAUCACCAACAACAUGAACCAGACCAACCUUCAGCAUUUCGUCAGGUCCUACAACAGCCGCAGGGAUCUGGAGAUUGUGCGACCAGCCCAGGGAGGAAAUGUUAACGUGAAGAGUCUGCAAUGCCCUGCUCUUCUGGUGGUAGGAGACAGCUCACCUGCAGUUGAUGCAGUGGUGGACUGCAAUUCCAAACUGAACCCCACAAAAACUACACUGCUCAAGAUGGCAGACUGCGGAGGCCUUCCACAGGUGGAUCAGCCUGGAAAACUGACAGAGGCCUUCAAGUACUUCAUCCAGGGCUUGGGCUACAUGGCCGCCGUCAGCAUGACCAGACUGGUGCGCUCACGCACGGCCUCGGACUCCAGCAUGGCGUCCACCGGGAGCCGCGGCCGCUACGAGGGCGGCAGGGGCCAGGGCCAGCGGGGCCGCUCCCACACCGACGUCUCCAUGGAGAGCGCCAGCAACCUGGCCCUGGAGCAGACCCUGCGGCCCAGCGAGGUGUCCUGCUAAAGCCCAGACCCCUGCCUGUACUGACCCGUGAGAGUCCCUAACCUCUCCCGUCCCACGCAACGGAAGAGGCCCUCAUUGUCACCCCUGCUGAAACGGCUCCAGCUAGGUUUUGAAACCGCUGGUAGCUGGUCAAGACAACCUAGCAUUACUGAUUGACCAGCUCAUAACCAGCUAUACCAGCUUUAUGAGCAGUUUGGCCAUGCUGGUUGACCAGCUCAUACCCAGCUAGACCAGCUUAUGACCAGCAUUUUACAGCACAGACAGUUAAUUAUACCAUUUUAUACUCUGUAUAUAUACAUAUGAUAUGUAUAUGCUUGAAAAUUGAGCAACAUGUCCCUUCUGCUAGAGCAGUCCUGGUAUAGAUGGGCUUGGGGAGUGGAAAUCAGUACAGGCUGGAGAGCUCUCUCUUUCUUUAAAACCUGUUUCUCUGCUUCUGCACUUUGUCCGCUUGUCUCAGUGUCCACUGCUGGCGUUGCUUUGCUUUCUCUAAUUCUGCACAAGCUCAUGGUUUAAAAAUGUGUGUCCUGACAGUCUGCCGUUUUAGCAGCAGAGUUUUGUACAGAGUGUGUGAUGUGAGUGGCCGGAUGCAUUUUAAGUGUGCUUAAAGGAUUUCUCAAAAUAACGGCAACUGCUUCUCAUUAAACUCGCAGGAUUGAAGUAGUUUUGAGAUUUUAAAUGUGGGACUAUGAUAACAUGUGCUUUAGAUUGCUGUUAAUAUUGUUUUUAAACCUGAUGCUUUUUAGAUCAGUACCUUACUGAACUGAUUAUACUCAUUGUAUUUGAGUUAUUUAAAAAAGUUAUUUAACUUUUUCAGUAAAGCAUUAAAGCUUAUUGUGUCAAAAAUAAAAAUACAAAAACUGUAUUGUUAAGCUUGUUUUGUAAUUGUGUUGAAAUUGCAAAUUAUAGUACCUACUUCUAGCAAUACUAAUGAUUAUAUAUUACUUCAGGCAGUGUUAUUGCUUGAGCCAUUGUUAUAAAUCCUAGUUUUCUAUACUAUGCAGCAGAACAAAAAGUGCCAUUGUUCUGUCAUUUAUAUGUGCACUUAAUGUCCCACUGCACUAUUUUAACAGAGCAAACUAAACCAAUGAUCGUACAGAAACAGGGUUAUUUCUGAAUGCUAAUUAAUUUACUGAUUGCUCUUUAACUUGCACUACAGGACCAUUGCUCUGUAAAGACUCAGAUUGGAAAAAAAUAAAAUGGAUAACUUGCUCCAGAAUGUG